AUGCCUUUCUGGGGACUGGCACCCAGAACUGUCCGUAAGCGAGCAGCCGAAGCCCUACGCAGUGGCGACAGCCUAAUGCGCGUCGUGGUCCGCGAUGGCAAGGUCACGGACGUCGAAGGGGGUCCGAAAUGGAUGCAGGACGCGAUGCGCGGGAUGAUGGAGAAGUUUGUGCAAUAUCUGCCGAGCAUGGAGAUUGCAUUCAACACCAUCGACGAGCCGCGGGUGGUGGUUCCGCACGACGACCUGGAACGAUUCCUGGCAAGGGCACUGACAAAGAACAUGCUAGCUGCUAGCUCGAACAGAAGCCCUAUCAACAGUUUCUCAAGUCACUCCACCAAGUCCAAAGAAAACACCGACACGAAUAUGAAUACCAUCUCCUUUACUCAAAUAGGGCGCAGCCCCUCCUGGCAGCACCUACGCCUGGGUUGCCGCCCAGACAGUCCGGCCGGAGCCCUUGCCGAUGCCGAUUCCGAAGACGACGUAAAGAGCUACGGACAAGGCGAGCUCGGCUUCAUCUACAACACGUCGACUAUGUCUGACGUGUGUCUGUCGCCGUCGCUCCGCGCCUCCCACGGCUUCUUCGACCGACCCGACACCCACAGCAUAUCCUACGACCUGCUCCCCAUAUUCUCGCAGUCCAAGACGUCGGUCAACAACGACAUCCUCUACCCGUCGCUGUGGUAUUGGGUCGACAUGGUCCACUACGACGCCACCAGCGACGUGCCGUGGUCCAAGAAGCAGGACCGGCUGUACUGGCGCGGGUCGACGACCGGCGGCUUCGCGACCGGCGGCAACUGGAAAGGCCAUCACCGCCAGCGGUUCGUCGACAUGAUGAGCGGCAACGGCUCCGCCACGGUGCUGUCCCGGCGAGGCGACGACCACGCGGCUGGGGGCUGGGCGGUCGAGACGGUCGAGCGCGGCGAGUACCGCGACCUCGUUGACGUCGCGUUCACAAAGGUCGUGCAGUGCGAUGAGGCCGACUGCGCCGCGCAGACGGCGCACUUUGACGUGCAGGCGCGGGCCUCGCAGCAGGACGGCUGGCACAGCAGGAUGGUGCUGGACAUGGACGGCAACGCCUUCUCAGGGCGCUUCUACGCGCUGCUGCGCAGCAGGAGCCUGACGCUCAAGUUUGCGUCGUUCCGCGAGUGGCACGCGGAGUGGCUGCGGCCGUGGGUGCACUACGCGCCGCUGAGCCUGCAGGGCAGGGAGUGGCUGGAGCUGGUGAGGUACUUCUCGGACGGGGACGGCGGGGGCGGUGCGGCGGAGGCGGAGGGGAUGGCGGCGAGGAGCACAGACUGGGCGGAGAGGGUGCUGCGAAAGGAGGACAUGGAGGCGUGGUUCUUUAGGCUUCUUCUGGAAUACGGCCGAAUAAUUGACGAUCAGCGAGCGUAUAUCGGGUUUACCUUUUCGGGUGCAAACGUGAAGAGGUGA